UUGCUCUCAGGAAGCGGGUAAAAGAUAGUGUUCUUGUCUAGCUGGACGAGGACUGUGUCGUGAAGGCCUUUUCUUUGGAAAAUAAACCCUCUGUUUAGCUGGAAACAGUGAACUUAUUUGUUUAUUUUCGGUCUUAGUCGUUCAAGUUCCUAUACCAAAUAUGCCAAGAGGCGGUAAAAAAGGUCACAAGGGCCGGGGAAAGCAGUUCAGCAAUCCAGAAGAGAUCGACAGACAGAUGAAAGCACAGAGAGAGCUGGAGGCGAACGGCGGAGUAGAGAAGGAGGAGGAGAAAUCAUCAGGAUCUGACGACAGCAGCAGUGAAGAGGAGGACGUUAACAAGAAGAAGAGUGGAGUGGAAGGAUUGAUCGAGAUUGAGAAUCCCAACCGCAUAUCCCAGAAAAGUAAGAAGGUGACAGAGCUAGAUGUCAACGCACCCAAAGAGCUGUCACGCCGAGAGAGGGAGGAGAUCGAGAAGCAGAAAGCUAAGGAACGCUACAUGAAGCUGCACCUAGAGGGGAAGACAGACCAGGCACGGGCCGACCUCGCCAGGCUGGCCAUAAUCAAGAAGCAGAGAGAGGACGCGCAAAAGAAGAGGGACGGCAUCAAAAAAGAAAAAGAAGCUGAAGACUCCAAGUCCAAGCGUUAGUCCUCUGUCUCCCGAGGACUUGGCCUGGAAAACAUUCUGGGGAGGAUGGAGAGACGAGAGAAGACUGUAGAAGGGAGGGUACCAAUACGAGGGUUGUCAGCUCAGGGGUAACGUAUGCUUGGGCUCCUGCCCUUCAUCUCUGAUGAGGGAAGGGUGUGAGCCGGGCGUUUUGGAGGAGACGGGAAAGGGGCACUUCAGGUUUCCUCCGUAUUCUGUGAGGUCACAACGGCAGGUGUUCUAGUGUCUUCCCUCCUCACUCCUCCCCUGUGUUCUAGUUCUAAAGCUGCUGGAGAUAAUUCUUUGAUUUAUAUUUUUUGCAUUUUAACAUGGUUUACUUAUGAAUGGGAAGUGUUUGGGGAGGAUGAGUAGGGGUUUGUAUACUUUCAUCUGACCUGUUUUUAAGGUGAAUCAGGAGGUGGUUGGGACGGAGGAACACUAAGAUCCACAUUAUACAGGAAAUCUAUGUGCUCUUUAUUUUCUGUUCUGUUCCAUCUCUACCAGUUGUCUUCAUUCAUAACCUGACAGUUCAAAGGCCUUUGCCUCCAAAGGAAACAUGUGGGAAAUAAAGGUCCCAUAGGCAGUAGUGUCUCAGACAAAACAUGUAUAAAGGAAUCAAUCAGCCUUUAUGCCACUUAACGUUAGGUGUUGAAUUUUCUGGAGUUUUUACCCAUUAUUCUGUUGGUGUUUCUGCCCAGACACGUUCAGCGCGUUUGAGCCGCCACCUGCCUCUAACUUCUGAUUGAACCACCUUGCAGCGUAACAUCUGCUAAUCAAAAAGGAGAUCUGUUGGCAUAAAAAUUAAUUGUGCUAAUUAUAUUUCUCAACACUGAAAAAGCAUUGCUGGGGCUUCAUACUGUAAGUCUCUUUCUCAGUGUUAUGGGUCACUGGGUUUCUCUUCUCUAAUUUUGUUGCCUUUGACAGUUUUACACAGGACAAUGUCAAUGGUCGCGUUCCCCUGCUCAGAAGUUGGUUGCAUCAACCAAUGGUUGCGUGCCACCUCAUCGACUGUGUGGUCGGGCACCAGAUUGCUAUAACAUAAUGUGGCUAGCUGAUGGGUAAAAUACCCUUCCGGGCGUUGUAAGAUUUGGCAUGCGUAAGCAACACCUGGGCAGAGGAACGCGCCCACUCUCUGGUAGUCAUGAGGAUGCUAUGCUAUAGUGAGAUGGUUGGAACCUGAGAUGCCUUUAACAGGAAAGCAAUAUUCUCUGAAUGGAGGUGGCUGAAACUCAUUUCUCUCUUGAAAACAUAGUAUAUACAAAGUGUUUUAAUGUUUAUAAAAAGGACUCUCCAGGACUGACAGGAUUGCCAGAUAAUUUUUUGAUUUUUGUCUGUAUUUGAAUUAAUUUGUGUAUAGAAAUAAAUACAUUAAUAAAUUAAUAA